UCACUUCCCUCUCCCUCUCCCACAUCCUCAAAACACAAACAACAAGAAGCAGCGGAGCAGAAGCAUCGAAACAGCGGUCUCCUGCGAGGUCGCGCUGAUACCCGGCGACUCGUCUUGGAAGUCGGGGGAUCUGACACAGAAGCUGCGCUCGCGUUGGACGUGCCGGCCGUGUCAGUUAACCUUGGUGUCUCGCCUCGCCUAGGUCUCACCCUCGCUCGCUCAGGACAGUCUUCAAACCUCUGUGACCAUGGGGGGCAAAUUUUCGUCGAUGGAUCCUAUGGAGGUAGAGGUGCCGGCGUUGAAGGACCUCAUGGACCGCGAUCCCUACCUCCACCCUUACGAGCGGGAGUUCAGGCGCAGGUACGCAGUGUUCAAGGAUUAUGUUGAACGUGUCAAUGCAUCAGAUGGCAGUCUUGACCAGUUCACUAAGGGCUACGACUAUUUUGGAAUUCAUGUCAAGCCUGAUAACUCUGUAGUUGCUCGAGAAUGGGCACCUGGUGCACAGCAAGUGUACCUGACUGGAGACUUCAACGGCUGGAACAAGGAGAGCCAUCCUUACACCAAGUUGGAGUAUGGAAAGUGGGAGAUCAACAUUCCUCCUGCUGCAGACGGCUCUUGUCCUAUUAAGCACCUUUCUGAAAUUAAACUUGUGAUCAGAGGUCCCCAUGGACAGCAACUGUUCCGUCUGUCCCCCUGGGCCAAGUAUGUGGUACCUCCACCACGUAGCGAGGGCUUCACAUACAAGCAGCUCAUGUGGAAUCCGCCAGAGAAAUAUCAAUUCAAGCACCCCAAACCAAAGAGGCCAAAGAGUCUUCGAGUUUAUGAAUGUCACGUUGGAAUUGGAACUCAGGAAGGAAAAGUUGGUUCCUACCUUGAAUUUGCCAAGAAUGUUGUUCCUCGCAUUGUUAGACAAGGCUACAAUGCUAUUCAGCUCAUGGCCAUCAUGGAGCAUGCAUAUUACGCCAGUUUUGGUUACCAAGUCACAAGUUUCUAUGCUGCCUCCAGUCGUUAUGGUACACCCGAAGAGCUGAAAGAACUGAUCGAUGUCUGCCAUGCAAAUGGUCUCUUUGUUCUUCUUGACAUGGUUCAUUCUCAUGCCUCAAAGAAUGUUGAUGACGGUAUCAACCAGUUUGAUGGAACGAACAGUUGUUACUUCCAUGAUGGUGCCCGUGGAGAGCACACUCUUUGGGACAGCCGGCUGUUCAACUAUUCAGAGUAUGAAGUUCUCCGUUUCUUGCUUUCCAACUUGCGGUGGUAUGUUGAGGAAUAUGGCUUUGAUGGGUACAGGUUUGAUGGUGUGACUUCCAUGUUGUACCACUCUCGAGGUCUUGGUCAAGGAUUUGGUGGUCACUAUGAUGAUUACUUUGGCCUUAAUGUUGACACUGAAGCAUUGGUGUAUCUGAUGCUUGGAAACUACAUGCUUCAUAAACUUUACCCAGAGAUGAUUACCAUUGCUGAAGAUGUAUCUGGUAUGCCGGCUAUGUGCCGUCCAGUAGCUGAGGCUGGCAUUGGAUUUGACUAUCGUCUAGCAAUGGCGAUUCCUGAUAAAUGGAUCAAAAUGCUUAAAGAGCAGAGUGAUGAUGACUGGGAUAUAGGUAACUUGAUCCAUACUUUAACCAACAGACGAUGGAUGGAGCCAGCUGUGGCCUAUGCUGAAUCUCACGAUCAGGCUCUUGUUGGUGAUAAAACUAUUGCAUUCUGGCUCAUGGACAAGGAAAUGUACACCCACAUGUCAACUCUCUCUGAUCCGUCUGGCAUUAUUGAUAGAGGAAUUGCCCUUCACAAGAUGAUUCGGCUCAUUACCCAUUCACUUGGAGGAGAAGCUUACCUUAACUUCAUUGGCAACGAGUUUGGUCACCCAGAAUGGUUGGACUUCCCCCGUGCAGGCAACAAUGAUUCUUAUCAUUAUGCUAGGAGACAGUGGAAUCUUGUGGAUGAUGAGAAUUUGAAGUACAAGUUCUUGAACAACUUUGAUCGGGCCAUGAACCUUCUGGAGGAGAAGUAUGGCUGGCUGCAUCAAGACUCGGGCUAUGUCAGCUGCAAGCAUCAAGAUGACAAAGUAAUUGUAUUUGAAAGAGCGGGCCUGCUCUUUGCAUUCAAUUUCCACCCCACAAAAAGUUACACUGAUUACCGUAUGGGAGUGCACAACCCUGGAGGUUACCGUAUUGUCUUGAACUCGGAUGACAAGGAGUUUGGCGGUUUUGGCAGAAUUGACAACUCUGUCGUUCAUCAAACCUUUGAUGAAGGAUUCAAUGGUCGCAGACACUCCAUCCAGGCUUAUCUUCCAUCUCGUGUUGCCAUAGUCCUUGCAAAUUACUAAUUUUGAUUUUACCCCUGCCCCUGAUGUAAAAUCGUACAAAGCCAAAUGCCAAGUUUUUUAUGUUUGUUACAUACUGUAUCUGUGAAAAUUUAAUCACUUAUUGUCUGUAUAAGCUAGAUGUUAAAAUAUUACCCUCUUUAUAAAAAUUUGACACUUUGUCAAAUUUUUAAAAAAACAUUCCUUGGCUUUUGAAUUGGUUCCAGGGCAUGCAGCUGUUCAUCAAUUUGAGUCUGGCAUACUAACUUUUCUAUGUAUGUUGUAUUUUUAGUGUGUAUUUUAGAGGCUUCCAAUUUGCGUCAAUUUUGGCAAUAGUUUUAAGAUGUCAUUAUGCCUUCCAUGAAGUAUGUAAGAAGAUAUGUUCGCUGUUCAAAAUUACGACUGAGUCUCUGUGCCAUAAAGAUUCUAUCUUCGGGUAUCUUCUGUGAUUGAGCCAAAAUGCUUUUUUGAUAACAUUGACUUUAAGAAUGUGAUGUUAUCAUUGGUUUUCCGUUCAAUAAUUGUACGAACUUCGAACUUUGUUCAGAAAUAUUGAAACUGGUCGGAUUUUUGUUUGAAGUGAUUAAUUAAGUGAGAUUUGUUUCCAUUUUAUAUGUAUUGUUUGUAUGUUUACAUAUAAUUUCAUAGAUAUACACAUUCAAUUUUAAACGCUGUUUUCUUGUGUGCCAUGUUACUUAAGUGUUAAAAUGUAGUGAGUUGUGUUGAUAAUGGAAUGCAAAAGGUUUACAGGCAGAAUUCUCUAGUUUUCCUGUAAAAUUUUACAUUCUUGUAGAAGCUAUCAAGUCUAGUCUGAAUUCAGCCUCUUUUGCUCUCAAUGAAGUCAUGAAAAAUCGGGUUUUUGCAAGAGUCAUCACUCUCAUGAUAACAUUUCUAGCUCUAUGUGCCAACCUGAUCAACUUAUUUUGUAAUGCUGUGAAUUUUGUUGUUGUUUUCUUUUAUAUUCAAUAGCAUAUAUUUUUUUAGAUGUUUUUAUGAAGUUGUAUGUCAAAUUUAUAUUUCAUGUUGGGCAAUAAAUAACAUAUUUUUACUUGA